UCUUCUCUCCAUUUCCUUCCUUCUCCUCACAGACAUGAGAGACCAAACCGAUACCGAACAGUAGAGAGAGCUAGACACAGAGGUUCUAUCGGAAAAGCUCUCCGCGCGAGGAUUGGGUCGGGUUGUGAGGUCGACCCGUUAAUGGCUCACGGUUGGGUCAAGUCGUUGCAGUGCAGAGCAAGAGCCUUCGAAGACGUCCACGUCCCGAGCCCGCGGAGGGCGGUCCCCCCCGCGGCCGCCUCCUCCAGCUGCCGGAGCAGCUCUCAGGCCAUCAAGGACGUCGUCGACACGGCCAGGCAGAAGUACCGGAGGCCCAAACCGGGCCAACGGACGUUGCCAUCGCCGGCGCCAGCCUGUCCCAAGCCCAAGAAUUCUCCCAAGACAGAGCUCCGCCCGCCGUCGUCGGCCCUGCCCCUCCUUACGCCGGCCGGCAUACUCUUCCCGGCCCUGACGGAGCUCCCCGAGGGGCACCCCUCACGCCGAGUGGUGGAGAUUAUCUUCCACACGAGCUGGGGCCCGAAGGCGUUCUCGGGCCGGGUCGAGAUCAUAUUCAAGGUCCAGAACGGGCAGAGGGCGACGGCCCGGUUUGAGGAGUACCGUGAGACGGUGCAGUCCCGCGCAGGGCUCGUGUCCAGUGGCAGCACGUGGGAGGACGACGCCCGGUGCAUUGCGGACGGGAACGAAAUGAUGCGGUUCCAGAGCGUGGGGCCCAUGCCCCUUGGAGACGCAGCCCACAACUACCCCGGCGCGUGGGGGUGCCUACAGCGGGGCAAGGUGGCUGCAAUCUGCACGUACUCAGGGAGCGGACAGGCCCACGAGAGUUCCGAGGUCACAGGCAGGCCAGGCAGGAGGGCAAUGCUGGUCUGCCGGGUCGUAGCGGGGCGGGUGGCAAAGCGAGCUGGCAUAGACCCAUAUCUUGAGAGCCGGGUCGGGUUCGACUCGAUGAGUGGGGACAACGGGAACCUGCUCGUGUAUGAUUCUCGCGCCGUGUUGCCUUGCUUCCUCAUUAUCUACAGAUUGUAAAAAGCUAUAAAUUUAUAAAUUUUUCUCAUUUUCUUUGGCAGAUUUUAUUUUUCUUUUAUUAUCUGAUUGUAGGUAGGUCCUUUUUAAUUUUUUCCUGUUAUUCUUAACACGAAUUUUACUCUCUCUUUUUUUGGGGUUUAUUAUGUGAUUGCCAGGGAAAUUAAAAUGUGGCUGAUGAAUGUCAAAAUUUUACUAAUCUCUUGUUCA